AUGAACGGCUGGGAUAUGAAGCUGGAAGCCGUGGAGACUGCUGUGAAAGACCAAACGAAAGCCUUUCAACAAUACCACCAAGAUAAAACCGACAAGAAAUGUCUGGUCGACUUGAGAAUUAUUAAUCCCUCAACCCAGAAAAAGACGAUUGAAAACGCCAAAGGUGGCCUUCUGAAGGGAGUAUAUGAGUGGAUUCUUGGGCAUCCGGAAUAUCAGAGGUUUAGGAAUGAUGAUACCAACAGAUUGCUCUGGGUGAAAGGGGACCCGGGCAAGGGGAAAACCAUGCUUUUGUGUGGAAUUAUCAACGACCUAGAAUAUAAGAGCUCUAUAUCCGUCUUAUACUUUUUCUGCGAAGCUACUCAGAAUAACUCUUUGAGAUGCGCUACUGUAGUGCUUUGCACCCUUAUAUGGCGCUUAUGCACAUCCCGGCCUCACUUGGUCUCUCAUGUUCGGAAGAAAUAUGAUACGGAGGGUAAGGAUUCAUUUGAAGAUUCUGCGGCUUUAUUCACGCUGGAAGAGAUAAUGGCGGAUAUCCUGCAAGAUCCCGGUUGUUCUACCCUCACUUUCGUGAUCGAUGCCCUCGAUGAGUGUACCGAGGAUAUAAUGCUGGAUUUGAUUCGUAUAAUUAUUACUUUUUCUAAUUCCUUUGAAGCCAAAUGGAUUGUGUCCAGCCGCAACUGGCCUAUGAUAGAGGAACAGUUCCAGUUGGCUGAAAAGGUUAAAGUCUCGCUAGAACUGAACCGAGCCUCUGUCUCGCAUGCAGUGAACCUGUUUAUCGACUACAAGGUAUCGCAGCUGGCCAAAUUGAAGCGUUAUGAUUUAUCCACAAAGGUGGACGUACUCGACUUCCUUCGCCGCAAAGCCAAUGACACAUUCCUGUGGGUAGCUUUGGUUUGCACAGAGCUUUCCAAGCCCAAGGUUCGGUCUUGGAACACGAUGCAGCUACUAAGUUCAAUUCCAGCGGGUCUGGAGAAGCUGUACGUACGAAUGCUUGAGCAAGUGUUCUCAUCGAUCAAUUCUACCCUCUGCAAACAGCUUCUUGCCACAGUGUCUAUUGCGGCCCGUCCGCUGUCAUUCAGAGAACUCCCCGCCUUCAUCCACGAACUCGAACCUUUCAGUAACGAGCAAAUAGAAGAGUUUAUUGGAGAAUGUGGCUCUUUUCUCUGCGCUCGGGCCAAUAAUGUUUACUUUGUGCACCAAUCUGCUCAAGACUUUCUCGUCGGACCUGAGGGUCGAGUUUUCCGGUCUACCAUCCAAGGCCACCACCUAGAAAUAUUCAGGCAAUCAAUAACAGCCAUGCAGGCCCUCAAGCGCAAUAUGUACGAGGUUUCUUCACCAGGGAAGCUUAUCGAGGAGAUCAGCCUGGACAAAAACAGUCCAUUUUAUUCUAUCAAAUAUUGUUGCCUCCACUGGGUUGAUUAUUUGGAGCUAGCAGGUCACGAGAGGCAGGCCCAAGAUGAUGAUCUCGCCCGCACAUUUUUCACAACGAAGGUAUUGUGCUGGAUGGAAGCUCUUUGCUUUCACGGGUACGCCACGGAGGGCAUCAGCAUGAUACAAAAGCUCGGAUCCAUCGCGAAUUCCGACGAGUUAAAAAACUUAUCUGAAGACUUACACAGGUUUUGGCUCACUUUCAGAGCGGUACUGGAAGUUGCACCGCUCCAGUUAUAUGGUUCAGCCCUAUUAUUCGCCCCUGCGUCAAGCUUGAUCAGGAAUUUGCACGAGAGUAGCACAUACCCCUGGGUCACUUUGAAGCAAAGCACACCACAAGACCCAUCAGAAAGAUGGGGGCUUUGCGUUUCGACUCUCGAGGCCAAAGGACUUCGGUCAUUCGCCCUCUCAACAGAUGGGCAGCAUCUCAUUUACAGUCAUGAGCUAUUCAGAGGCGGCUCUAGUCUCAUGUUAUGGGAUUCUAGGUCAAAUAGUUACAAGCAUUCGGUCCGAACAAUCGACAAGACAUCGAGUGUUGCAAUCUCAUUUGACGGGCGACAUGUGGCGGCUGCUUGCACAAAGUGCUUUCUUCCAGAGAAUGUGAUUGAAUUACGAAAUUCGGAUUUGUCUCUGAGCGAUACAAGACUCAAAGAAGAGAAGGACGAUCAAGUUUGCUCUGUUGCUUUUUCGCCUGACGGAAGGCAUAUAGCCGCCGGCUUGUGGACGGGUUUUGUCCUUGUAUGGGAUCUGACGACAGGUGCUGUUGUACAUAGACUGGCUGUUGAUUGCGGAGUGGUGUCCUCAAUUGCGUAUUCUGCAGAUGGGAAGCAAUUGGCUGGUACGGGAGAAUACACAACGGUCUGGGACCUAGUGAGCGGCAGAUGCCUCUUCUCCACCGAUUAUUGUACUGCGGAGGCGGUAUUUCUACCCGGAUCAAAACUAGUCACGGCAAAUCAUACUGAUAUUCUAAUAUGGGACACAGAGAAGGGGGGGCACUCUCAAAGGUUGCUGAGAGAGACUGAUGAAGUAUGUGCCAUUGCGUCGCUUGAUCUCCCUGGGCUGUUACUUGCCUCCGCUUUGUCAAAUGGCACUGUCAGGCUAUGGGAUCAGGCUGGCAAUUGUGUCCAAAGCCUCCUCGGCCAUGCAGGACCGGUGAAAUCAUUAUCAUUUUCCCCAGAAAAGUGCAUACUUGCCUCGGCCUCAAAAGACGAUACCAUACGUUUGUGGGACAUCACAACGGUUGUCGAAAUGUCGCAAACGCCCCAACAAGUUGCGCGGAACGAGUCCAGGCACGACAACUCUACGGAACGAGAUUCUCAAAGUCAUUCCGAUCAGGUUAGGGCAGUGGAUUUCUCCCCUGACGGCAAAUGGCUGGCCUCGGCUGCGGCGGAUAGAACAGUCAAGAUAUGGGACAUUACGAGCUUUUCAUGCGUACGGACCUGGACGACGAAGUUCCCUUUGGACAGCGAUGUUGCUCUACUUCAGUUCUCUCAUGAUGGUCGCCGGCUGCUUCUGGCACCCGAGAGCGACAAAAACACAUAUUCAACGUGGAUAUGGGAUAUGACAAGUCUGGAGCCUUCCCAGGGUUUCAGCUUCAAUGACGACAAAAAGAACGACGUCGAUCAAUUUUCGAGUGGCCUUUCGCCCGGUGGACGGCUUAUUUCUCUGUUCAAAGAUGGUACCACUCGCGUAGUGGAUCUAGAAACGAUGGAAAUGUUGCAACAUUUUCAGUUCUCGCCCCUCACUGAGCGAUUUCCGCUUAAAAGUCUACUUUUGAAGCCGACAUUCUCAUCAGAUGGUCGAAUAUUGGUCUUAGCUUCGGGGUCUCUGGCUCGCGCUUACAAGAUUUCAACGGGCGAAGACCUGUGGAGUAUUCGCAUGGCUGGGGCUAUAAGCAAUUUGGAAAUCGCUUUAUCUCGAGAUUCUACACUCUUCGCCGUGUUCUCAGAUCAACAUGUUUACGCUUGGAAGGUAAAUACGCUGCCACCUCAGAGGCUCUGUAAAUUCUACUUCGUUGGAAAAGGGGAGGAUAUAUACUUCCCUACUAUUGAAGGGAAAUUGGCCAUCAAUAGGAGAUGGCUUGUCUUCUACGAAUCGUCAUCCAUAAACACAUACGACCUAGAGACCCUUACCCAUCAGCAGAUACGUAAUGGUGGCAUAAUCACCAGUGUAUCCUUUGACACAUUGGACGAGAAUUGUUUUCAUACAAAUCUUGGUUCUUGGACCAUUGACGAGAAAGGUUAUGUCAAGUCCGUGGGCUGCCGCUUCAGCGUCGAUCGCGCAUGGAUCACGCGGGAUUCCCAAAGACUACUUUGGUUGCCACCGCAAUACCGAGGAGUCGCGGCAAGUGUUAGGGGAGAUACUGUUGCACUUGGAAGCGCAUCAGGCUCCGUGGCCGUGCUACAUUUUAACAUGUGA